AUGAACUCUUCAAUGAUACUAGAUGAUUCAAAGCUACUGGGUACAUCACACAAAAUCAGUAGGGAAGGUCUACUAGAUUUACUAAGGAGUCUCAGUAAGGGGUUGGACGCGACGCAUCUAAGACUAGAAGAGGCAAUCGAUGCCAUAAUGAGUGGUUUACCUAACACAUUAACAACAAAAGAGUUUUACACUUAUGUGUCUGAGACAGUUGCAGCAAGAGUUAUAUACCACCCAGACUACUCCAUCUUAGCUGGACGAGUGGAGGCAAAAUUCCUUCAGCUUCAAGUCCCAUAUCGAUUUAGUGAAAAUGUCGAGAGGCUCAAACAAUAUAGUCCAAGAAAGGGCAAGUCAUUUUCGCCGAUAUCUGAAGACUUUUACAAAGUUGUCAUGGAACAUAGGGAUGUGUUUGAUAAGAUAAUAAAGAGUGACCGGGAUUAUGAUUUGACGUAUUUUGGAAUAAAGACGUUGGAAAACUCGUAUCUUUUAAGAAUCGAUGGCGAAGUGGCAGAAACUCCACAGCAAAUGUUUUUGCGAGUCUCGAUUGGUAUCCACACACACUCUGUGAGUCAUGUUGAAGAAACCUACAAUUUGAUGUCUCAAAAGUACUUUAUACAUGCGCUGCCGACAUUGUAUAAUGCCGGCAGCAAAUUCAACUAUUUGUCGUCGUGCUUUUUGAUGGCAAUGAAAGACGACUCGAUUGAUGGCAUUUACAAGACCUUGCAUGAAACAGCACUUAUAUCAAAGGCUUCAGGUGGUGUUGGAAUACAUGUCCAUGAUAUUAGAGCAAAUGGAUCUUAUAUUGCCAGCACAAAUGGCUUGUCAAAUGGUUUGGUACCAAUGUUGCGUGUUUUUAACAACACAGCAAGGUUUGUUGAUCAAGGGGGUGGUAAAAGACCUGGUGCAUUUGCUAUUUACCUUGAGCCGUGGCAUGCUGAUGUAUUUGAUAUCCUUGAUAUGAGAAAGAAUCAUGGUAAUGAAGAACACCGAACUAGAGACUUGUUUUAUGGAUUGUGGAUUCCAGAUUUGUUCAUGGAAAGGGUAAAAACAAAUGGACAGUGGUCUUUAUUCUCGCCUGACGAAGCACCUGGGUUGAGCGAUGUUUAUGGUGAUGACUUUAAAGAGCUUUACGAGAGAUAUGAAAAAGAAAAGUUGGCUACUCGAACUAUUAAUGCACAAAAGCUUUGGUUGGCAAUUUUAGAGUCGCAAACGGAGACUGGUGGGCCUUAUAUGCUAUACAAGGAUGCAUGUAAUCGGAAAUCGAAUCAAAAGAAUUUGGGCACCAUCAAGUCAUCCAAUUUGUGUUGUGAAAUCAUUGAAUACUCGUCUCCUACUGAGACUGCAGUCUGCAAUCUUGCUUCGUUGGCUUUGCCAUCUUUUCUCGAAGUUUCUGAAGACGACAUCAAAUUCGAUUUCUUAAAGUUACAUGAGGUUACAAAGGUUGUCACCAAGAACUUGAAUAAGGUCAUAGAUGUUACCAUGUAUCCUGUUGAGUCGGCCAAGAACUCAAACAAAAAACAUCGUCCCAUAGCCCUUGGAGUUCAAGGUUUGGCUGAUUUAUUUCUUGAGCUAAGGUUACCAUUUGACUCUAGUGCAGCAAAAAACUUGAAUAUACAAAUAUUUGAAACUGUUUAUCAUGCAGCUAUAGAAGCUUCUAUGGAAUUAUCCAUUGUGGAGGGCCCAUAUGCUUCUUUCCAGGGAUCUCCUGCAUCCAAAGGCAAAUUGCAGUUUGACUUGUGGAAUCACAAGCCAUCAGAUUUAUAUGACGACUGGGAUAUACUAAAGAGCAAAGUGAUGAAAUAUGGGUUGAGAAACUCGCUUUUGGUGGCGCCUAUGCCAACAGCAUCAACUUCACAAAUAUUAGGUUUCAACGAGUGUUUUGAACCUUACACAUCAAAUUUAUACAACAGGAGGGUGCUCUCUGGUGAGUUUCAAGUUGUUAACAAGUACCUCAUAAAGGACUUGAUAGAUUUGGGUCUUUGGAAUUCGGCUAUGAGAAAUAAGCUUAUGAUGGAUGGUGGAUCAGUGCAAAAUAUAGAUAUCUUACCAAAAGAGUUGAAAACGCUUUAUCGUACAGUGUGGGAACUUAAACAGAAGGAUAUAAUAGACAUGGCAGCUGAUCGUGCCAAGUUUAUUGAUCAGCUGCAAAGUAUGAAUAUUUAUUUACAAAACCCAACGAUUGGGAAAUUGACCAGUUGCCAUUUCCAUGCUUGGGAAAUGGGGUUAAAGACUGGAAUGUACUAUUUGCGCACACAAGCUGCAACACGGGCGAUACAGUUUACAAUAGAUGCUAAUGAAGCAAACUUGGUGAAUACGCAACAAACUUCAUUAAACAAAGGAUUAAAGAGGAAAAAAUAUGUAGAGACAACCGCGAUGAAGAAAAUAAAGGUCACUGAUUACGCAACUCCCGAGUCAGAAGGAAACGCAGAUUCAUACCCAUAUUCAUACCCCGGUGGUAUUGAUGAUCGUCAUCAUAACCGUGAUGCUGAGGAGGAAACAGGUUCAGAGCAAGAAUUAUACGAUAUACAUGACUCCACUCCUGUGGCAUGCGAUAUAAAAGAUCCUGAAAAUUGUUAUGCUUGCUCAGGUUGA